AUGCCCUUUCCCUACAAGACCGUCCUCGUCACCGGCGCCACCUCGGGCAUCGGCCAGGCCCUCGUCGACCGGCUUCUGUCCCACGGCGACAACAUCUUUGUCAUUGCCGCCGGCCGGCGCCAGGACCGCCUCGAUGCCCUGCUGGCCGCCCACGGGCCGGACAAGAUUGCCAUUGAGAACGUCGACGUGGGCGACCUCGCCCAGCUGCCCGCCUGGGUCGCCAAGAUCACGGCCGCCCACCCCACGCUCGACUGCGUCGUCCUCAACGCCGGCUUCCAGGAGUCCAUCAACCUCGCCGACCCGGCGUCCGUCUCCCUGCAGCGCCUGACAGACGAAGUCACCGUCAACUACCUGUCGCCGGUGCACGCCUCCAACCUGUUCUUGCCUCACUUUAUCGCGCUCGGCGCCCAGGGCCAUGAGGGCCACGGCCGGCCCACCGCCAUCGUCUUUGUCACCUCCGGCCUCGCCAUCGUCCCCAUCGCCCGCUGCCCCAACUACUGCGCCUCCAAGGCCGCCCUCCACAGCCUCGCCUGGACCCUGCGCUCGCAGCUGCAGGCCGACCCCGCCACCGCCCGCACCCGCGUCAUCGAGAUCGUCCCGCCCGCCGUCGAGACCGAGCUGCACACCCGCCAGGGCCUGCCCGCCAUGGGCAUGCCCCUCGGUCAGUUCAUCGACGAGACCUGGGCCGGCCUGACCGCCGACGAGGACAUUGACGAGGUCAUGCCGCAGGUCCUGCGCAACGUGACCGGCCACGUCGAGGACGCCAAGCGCGAGAGCUACGCCAACUUCGCCGCCAUGCUGGCCGCGCAGACGGCCAAGGCGAAGGAGGCCGCAGAGGCCAAGUAA